UUGUCGUCCUUCUGGGUUUGUUGAAUGUUGCUUGUCAUUUUCAAUUUCGAUCAUCAUUGCGCGAAUCUAUAAAUUUUCGCAUUUUAAACAUAAUAAUUAAACUUAAACAAGCUAAUUUAGAAGACAAUAAUAUUCUUUUAAAAUGUCAAUUUUGGCUUAUAAUGGAGGGGCCGUCGUGGCUAUGAAGGGAAAGGACUGCGUUGCUAUUGCUACAGACAAGCGAUAUGGUAUUCAAGCUCAGACAAUAUCAACAAACUUCCCCAAAGUUUUCCAAAUGGGUCCAACUCUUUAUGUUGGUCUUCCGGGCUUAGCUACAGAUACACAGACUGUAUUUCAAAGGCUCAAGUUCAGAAUGAAUCUAUAUGAGCUUAAAGAGAAUAGAAUAAUGAAGCCGAAGACCUUCUCGGCAAUGCUCUCAAACCUGUUGUAUGAAAAGAGGUUUGGUCCUUACUUCAUUGAACCUGUAAUUGCCGGUCUGGACCCUUACACAAACGAACCAUAUGUGUGCAAUAUGGAUCUGAUUGGUUGUCCAAAUGAGCCGGAAGAUUUUGUAGUGUCGGGUACAUGUUCAGAACAAUUAUAUGGUAUGUGUGAAGCUCUGUGGGAACCAAACUUGAAGCCAGAUGACUUAUUUGAAACUAUCUCACAGGCGCUAGUGAACGCCGCGGAUCGCGACGCUAUAUCUGGGUGGGGGGCCGUUGUCUACAUCGUGGAGAAAGACAAGAUCACAGAGAAACAUGUCAAGACACGAAUGGAUUAGUGUUUAUAAGAUGCCUUUAUUAAUUAAAUUAUAAAAUCUA